GGACAAAAGGGCAGAAUCACCGUGCCGAGCCAAGUGCAGACACGACACAGCGUGACGCCGCGGGACGUCUCCGUUUCCUCACCUAGCACAUGGUGUCACCUAGUAGUACGUGAGGCUAGCGCCCGCUGUACCUGUACGCGACCCCGCGUGACGGCGUGUGGGGUGGGCACGAGGAAACACCUGCCAGUUUCGGGGGUCGCGGCUCGUACGAGCCGCGGCGGCGGGACGGAGGAGAUAAGCAUUGGAGCGUGAUGAUGUGGUGGACCAUCAAGCGGCGCCGGCGAGGCGAGCGUGGGAGGGGACGUGGGUGGGCAAAGUCCACAAGAAAGAUACGACACGAGACGGGGCGACGCGGACGCAAUCGCUGGGAGCCGGUAGCCGGCGAGGCGGUCCGGGGUGCGUGUGUAUCGUCGAUCCUUAUCCUAUCACCAGCCGCCCACCUAUAAAUGGCGUAUUAAUUUGGCCACCAUAAACCCGGCGUUGAGAGCGACAACUAAAACCUCGUGGAAUGGGGGAGCCGCCGGGGAAGACCGGGCGACGUGACGCGGGCGGGACGGCGCCGGCGGUGGAAGACCGGUGGACGCAGCUCCCGCCGGAGCUCCUCCCGCUCAUCUGCAAGAAGCUGCCGGACUCGGCCGACUUCGUGCGCUUCCGGACGGUAUGCAGCGCGUGGCGCGACGCCGCCCCGUUGUCCGACGUCCCGCCGCAGCUGCCGUGGGUCGUCGAGCGCCGCGGGUCCGCGUUCCAGGCGAGGGCCCAUUUCCGCUUCUACUCGCCUAGCUCCGGGAGGACGUACGGCGUCCGUGGCUACGGCGGCCGCUCCUGGCUCGUCAUGGGCGGCGCGUGCCAGGAGCACCUCGUCACCACCGUGGACCUCUCCACGACGGCGCUGUACAACCCGCUCACCGGGGAGCGCCUCGCGCUGCCCCCCGCGCCGUACCCGCAGUGGCGCCACGGCGUCGUCCACGUCGUGGCCGCCGGCCGCCGCCGCGGCGGCGCUCCCCUGGUGGUGAACGCAUCCACGAGGACGGGGCACUUCGGGUACUGCCGCCAGGGGGAUACCAAGUGGACCCUGGUCGACGGGCGCCAGGACAUGGGCCACCGCGCGUACCACGGCGGGCGGUUCUACGUCAACACAAACGCGCAGGAGACGCUGGUGAUCGACGCCUCCACCGGCGCCGUCGAGUCCGUCCUGCCGCCGCCGCCACGCUCGGCCGACGCCGGUGCCGGCGUCUCCUGCGGGGACUACCUGGUGGAGUCGCGCGGGAAGCUGAUCAGGGCCGUGCUGUUCCCGCGCGACGGCGUGGUGACCACGUCGGCCGAGGACUACUACCUCAACGUGUAUCAGCUGCAGGAGGACGGGAAGGCCGCCGCCGCGUGGGCCAAGGUGGAGAGCGUCGGGGAUAGCGUGCUCUUUUUCGACAAGCACGGGCACGGGUUCUCGCUGGAGCCCAACGGCGCCGCGGAGCUGAAGCGGGAUUGCGUCUACUUCAUGCACGAGAAGCGGACAUGGCUGGACGCCGGGGAGUACAGGUUCCUUUGUCGGUAUAACAUGGAGACCGGAGAGGUCGAUAGAGUUGUGUCGCUGCCCGACACGUUCGGGGACACCUGGGUUGUCCCCGGAUUGUGCCCCUCUGAAUAAGAUGUGUCCCGGCGAUGUUGUUGGUUUUUCGGUGUUUCUUGUAGUUUUUUCUCCUUGAAUUUUCAUUGAAAAAUUAAAUAGAUGCAUUUAGUUGCUCUGGGUGAAUGAUUGGUCUUUGAAAAAUGAGAGAGGUCUUGGGUUGUGUGUGUCACACAAUCACAUGCAUUUUCCAUUAUGUUUAAUAAAAUUUAAUUUGUGUGUCUAA